AUGGAGACCCAACCACACCACCAUAUGAACAAAGGAGGUGAGAACAAAAGCAACAACUUAUAAACUUAUUUUUAUUAUUUUUGCACUCUCCUCCUUCAACCUUCACCUUUUCUCUCUCUCUACCCCCAUAAACCCUAGCUUCUAUAUCACUCUCUUCACACACACGCACCUAUACAUACAUAUAUAUACACACACACGCAAUCUUUUCACUGAAACAGUCACACCCAAUUCACCAUGGAUACUCUACCUGCUCAAAAUCCAAAACCCCACCACAAUUUCACCGUUGAUUCGAUCAAUUUGCUCGCUUCAACCCCUCCGAAACAUGUUUCCGGUCCUCUGUCUGCGGUUUUCGGGUCGGCUUCCGGGUUCCCGGAGCUCCAGUUCUUCCUAGAGCCCGAUGGUCAACACUCUAUUAACUUUGACCUUCGAACCACUCAGCUUUUCAGGUUAGGUGAAUUACAAUCACUUUGUGUGUCAGAAGGUUCUGAAACCGUCAAAGAGAAAACUUUUUCAAAGGGGAUUACUAUUCAAUUUAAAGAGGAGGAAGAAAGUAGCUCCUUUCAUGGUGCGUUUGAGCAAUGGAAAAGUGACGUAACGAUUCAAGGAUCAACCUUACCAAAUGGAACAAUUUCUUCUUCUAAAAGCAAGUUCGAUGAUAAAAUUGAAUCAUCGUCUGCUAAAAUGUACUUCCAUUACUACGGGCAACUGCUUCAUCAGCAAAAUAUGUUGCAGGAUUACGUGAGGACAGGUUCCUACUAUGCUGCGGUUAUGGAGAAUCAAGCAGAUUUUGCUGGGCGUGUGGUGGUUGAUGUCGGUGCUGGAAGUGGCAUAUUGUCAUUGUUUGCCGCUCAGGCUGGUGCAAAACAUGUUUAUGCGGUGGAAGCAUCUGAGAUGGCUGACUAUGCGCAAAAGCUUAUUGCGGGGAACCCUAUUUUGGGACAAAGAAUUACGGUUAUCAAGGGGAAAGUCGAAGAUGUAGAAUUGCCUGAGAAAGCUGAUAUAUUAAUCUCCGAGCCUAUGGGCACUCUGUUAGUUAAUGAGAGAAUGCUUGAGUCGUAUGUCAUUGCAAGAGAUCGGUUUCUCGUCCCUAAUGGGAAAAUGUUCCCAACUGUUGGAAGAAUUCACAUGGCACCAUUCAGCGACGAGUAUCUCUAUGUUGAAGUUGCAAACAAGGCCCUGUUUUGGCAGCAACAGAACUAUUAUGGAGUUGAUCUAACAGCUUUACAUGGAACCGCAUUUCAAGGAUAUUUUUCACAGCCAGUGGUUGAUGCUUUUGAUCCGAGGUUAUUGGUGGCUCCGGCAGUUUCCCAUGUGAUCAAUUUUACUACUAUCAAGGAAGAGGACUUGUACGAAAUUGACGUACCUUUGAAAUUCUCAGCUUCUGUGGGCACAAGAGUGCAUGGCCUCGCGUGUUGGUUUGAUGUUCUAUUUAACGGCAGCACUGUACAAAGGUGGCUAACCACGGCUCCUGGUGCACCGACAACUCACUGGUACCAACUGCGUUGUGUCCUGUCUCAACCCAUAUAUGUCAUGCCGGGCCAAGAAAUUACGGGUCGUCUUCACAUGAUUGCACAUAGCGCUCAGAGUUACACAAUUAACCUAACCAUGUCAGAUUCGGGUUGUGCAGCUAAAAUGUGGGGCCCUGGUGCUGAACAAGGAGGAAUAUUACAAACAUCAAGUUGCAGACUUGAUCUAAAAGAACCAUAUUAUCGAAUGUCUCAACCGCAAGCCUAUUCAGUUGCCCAAGAUCAACAGCCAAAUCAGUUGUUACAAUCACAGGAUCUACAACUUCCGUCUUUGGAUGAUGACGGGUCGGAUUUUAUCCAACAACCGUCAAAUGAUUCGACGGUCCAUAUUCAUUGAGUCGUCGUGAAGAGAUACAUUUGAGAUGUUGACAAAUGGUCAGGGUGAUCCAUGAUGUUACAUUAUACAAGGCACCAUGAAAUGUCAGGCGGGUUAUUUACAUGACUGCCUUUUACUCUUGUGCAAUGCCUGUAUAUUAGGUUGACCUUUUUUUUUCUUUGCUCUUUUAGAGUAUUGUCACUACUUUGUUUUUAGCAAGUUUGACUAAUAAUUAAUUUCUAGCUUCUAGAGGAAGUAGACUUUGUCAAUGAAGUCAUUUGAUC